GAAGUAAAAGUAUUAAAGGGGGUGCCACUGAUUUGCAUGGGUUUUCACGCAAGCGACAGGGUCAAGCGAUCUCCCUAGUUGUAGGCUUUUCUUAAGUGUAGGUGGUUCUUUUUGUUUUCGUGUUCUCGCUACUUUUCACUGCGGAAGGUGGACAAUUGAUGUGGGGUGAAGUUUGGUGGAGGAGGGGAGAGGGGUGUGGAUUAGCUUCUCGUGUUGGGACUCGGCUUAAGUGAGCAAUGACGGGGUCCCUGGAUUACCUGGUGGUGUUAUUCGGGGCGACUGCUGGGACGCGUGGGACGGAGCUAGGGUUGGAUGAGAAGGAGCUGGUACUUUUGUUGUGGCAAGUGGUGGAUCUGGUCAACGAAAAGGCUGGAGAAGUACACAGAGUCUUGGUGAAGCCCAAUAACUUGGAAUUGACGGAGCAGUGCGUUGAACACACUGGUGUCACUCUAGAAAACCUGACAACAGCUAAACCUUUGGAUCAAGUCCUUCAACAGCUUGAUCGAUCUGUGAGCAAUGAAUUGAAUAUUGGAUUGGGGACAUCGUUCUGUCUAUGUACUGAUGGUCAACUACACAUACGCCAGGUCUUCCACCCUGAGGUCUCUCGCAAGAAUGUUUCGUUGCCAGAAUGCUUCUAUUCUUUCUUUGAUCUACAAAAAGAAUUUAAGAAAUGCUGCCCGGAUGCUCCCGACCUCCACGAAAUCGAUCUCAAGGUCAUGUCGGACCACCUAAAUCUUGAAGAUAAUACUGCCACCAACAAAUUUGGUGUUUCUGAUAUUAUGACUGCAACCAAUAUUAUACUGGCCAUCAUUUCUAAACCACGCAGCCACAGGUUUAUAGACCCCGAACGAGUGAAUUACAAAUUUGAAACGGGGACUUGCAGCAAGAUGGAGAUAAUUGAUGAUAAUACUGUUGUCAGAGCCAGAGGAUUACCUUGGCAGUCAUCUGACGAAGACAUCGCUCGAUUCUUCAGAGGUCUCAACAUAGCUAAGGGUGGUGCAGCACUCUGCCUAAAUUCACAGGGAAGACGGAACGGAGAAGCGCUCGUGAGAUUCGUCAACAGUGAACACAGGGAUCUGGCACUGCAGAGACACAAGCAUCACAUGGGCAACCGAUAUAUUGAGGUAUACAAGGCAACCGGGGAAGAUUUUUUAAAGAUCGCUGGAGGUACCUCCAAUGAAGUUGCCCAGUUCCUGUCAAAAGAAAACCAAGUUAUCAUUCGAAUGCGUGGUCUCCCGUUCGUCGCCACUGCUGAGGAGGUUGCGAUGUUUUUUGGAUCAAGUUGUCCUCUGACGGGCGGAAAGGAAGGGAUACUUUUUGUCAAAUACCCCGACGGGAGGCCGACAGGCGAUGCUUUUGUACUGUUUGCCUGUGAGGAAUAUGCGCAAAACGCACUCAAGAAGCACAAGGACUUGUUGGGGAAACGCUACAUUGAGCUCUUCAGAAGCACGGCAGCUGAAGUACAGCAGGUUCUUAACAGGUAUUCGUCAACACCCCUCAUCCCCAUCCCUCCUGCUCCUAUCAUUCCCGUGCUCCCUCAGCCGUUUGUACAUUCCACUAGUAUGCGUGACUGCAUCCGUUUACGAGGCCUACCAUACGCUGCCACGAUUGAGGACAUUCUGGAGUUCCUGGGUGACUUUACGUAUGAUAUCCGACCUCAAGGAGUGCACAUGGUGUUAAAUCUACAGGGCCGUCCUUCGGGAGACGCCUUUAUCCAGAUGAAAUCGUCAGAUCGAGCCUUCAUGGCUGCUCAGAGGUGUCACAAGAGAACAAUGAAGGACCGAUACGUUGAAGUAUUCCAGUGUUCUGCUGACGAAAUGAACUUUGUGUUAAUGGGUGGCAUUUUAAAUCGAAAUGGCUUGUCCCCACCGCCAUGUAAGUUACCAUGCCUGUCGCCAUCAACAUACGCUGCCUAUCCAACGCAGGCCGCUGUUAUCGCAGCUGAGGCCGCAACGCUGUAUCAACAGCCGGUGUUCAUCAGUCCGCGACCUCUCCAGCCCUCCACUGCCUUCUACCCAGCCGCUGCCCAGUUCUACAUGAACUAUUCGGCCUACUAUCCAAGUCCUCCCGGCUCCCCGACCAACCUAGGUUAUUUACCAGCAACUGCUGCCACCACCACUAUCCCCACCCACUCUGGCACCAUCGUCAGGAUGCAAGGACUAGCUCACAACACGGGAGUCAAGGAAAUCCUUAAUUUCUUCCAGGGAUAUCAGAUUUCUCCCGAGUCGGUGCUGAUGACAUCCAACUUGUACGGACCAUCCGGCAGUAACGCUCUGGUGACGUUCCCAUCGCUGGAGGUUGCCAAGCAAGCUCUGUUGGACAAGAAUCGGCAGCACAUUGGCAGUCGCUACAUGGACCUUUACCUGUCGUGAGAUAUGGUGCGUGUCGUCUGUACGGUAACCAAGCAAAUUGUAUGUCCAUAUAAGAUCACGAGUGAUAGGAGCAAAAUUAGACCAUUCGGCCCAUCAAGUCUACUCCGCCAUUCAAUCAUGGCUGAUCUAUCCCAUUCUCCCGCCCUCUCUCCAUAACCUCUGACACCCGUACUA